CAUAAAUUAUAAUGUAAAAGAAACAUUAUCGAUCUCGAUGAAAUUUGUAAAUUUCAUUACUUAUCUAGUAACCAUAAGAUUGAUUAAUGUUAUCUAUUACAAAUCGGAUGAUGAUAUUAUAUUUAUUGAUCCUGAAUGUACUCCCCAAGCGUCAAAUUUUUCCAGUGAUGGUCGAAAAUGUUUACAUAUUGGUGGAACUGUACCUAUGUCUGGGGGAUGGCCAGGUGGACAAGGUUGCUUGCCUGCAAUAUUAAUGGCCUUGCAAGAUGUUAACAAAAAAAUGGAUUUGCUACCUGGAUAUUAUUUAAGAUUUCACUAUAAUGACAGCAAAUGUAAUCCAGGUUUAGGCACCAGAGUAUUAUAUGAUUUACUCUAUAAUAAACCGACCAAAAUAGCUUUACUAUCUGGGUGUAGUGCUGUUUCAACAACAAUGGGUGAAUCAGCUGCAAUGUGGAAUUUAAUUGUGCUUUCCUACGGUGCAAGUUCUCCCGCUCUAUCGAAUCGCAAACGAUUUCCUACCUUUUUCCGCACCCAUCCAUCCCAAGCGCUGCAUAACCCAACUAGGGUGGUGUUGUUUAAGAAAUACGGCUGGAAAAGAAUCGCCAUUUUGCAAGAGCUACAGGAAUUGUUCACCUCUACCGCCGAAGAUUUGGAGCAUAGGCUCAAAAUGGCUGGAAUGGAGGUCAUGACUCGCCAAAGCUUUAUAUCGGAUCCGGUUGACGCCGUUAAAAAUCUGAAGCGGCAAGACGCCCGAAUUAUAGUGGGGAUAUUUUACGACAAUUACGCUCAGCAAGUCUUCUGCGAGGUUUACAAACAUAAACUAUACGGCAAAAAAUACGUUUGGUUUAUCCUGGGUUGGUAUGCUGAUAAUUGGUUCGAGGACGCGGAGAAGAACACGAAUUGUACAACCGAACAGCUGGUCUUAGCUCUGAAUAAUCAUUUUACCAUAGAGAGUCUCAUGCUUAAUCAAGACGAUACCGUUACGGUGUCCGGAAUGACCGCCAAUACUUUCCUCUCUAAGCUAAAGUCCCAUUUCAAAGCUCGCAAUAUCGAACCCUCAACUGUUUCGGGCUUGGCCGAAGCUCCUCUAGCAUAUGAUGCUGUUUGGGCUCUGGCAUUCGCUUUGAAUAAAACCAUGCGCAAGCUGGAAACACGGCCUGGACCGCGAAUUUACAUGGAGAAUUUUACGUACACUGACGAAUACAUCAGAAAUCUCGUGUACCAAUCCAUGAGUGAUACCAAAUUUUUUGGAGUUUCGGGUUUGCUAACAUUCACAGACAGCGGGGAUCGAAUAGCUUGGACCAUGCUCGAACAAAUGAUUAAUAGAACAUAUCGCAAAUUGGCAUUCUAUCACCAAUAUGAUGAAAAUUUAACCUGGUUAAAGAACGCGACUUGGGAAGGUUCCGGUCCACCGUCUGAUAGGACAACAAUUUUGAAAAAAAUGAUGGUCAUAUCCCAUAAACUUUUUGUUGGCAUAUGCGUCGGGUGCUUCUUAUGCAUAUUACUUUGCGUUUCGUGUUUAGCUUUCAAUCGCUUCUUCAGGAAUAGAAAAAUUAUAUCUCAAUCGGCUCCUUACUUCAAUGAUAUGAUGCUGGUUGGAAACGUCAUGUGUUUAGUUGCCGCUAUGAUGUUCGGUUUGGAUGGAAGAUUAUUCCCGCUUUAUUACGAAAAAAUUUGCCGAGGGAGAUUGUGGUUAUUGAGUUUGGGAUUUUCGUUAGCUUAUGGUUCUCUGUUUACCAAAGUGCUUAAGGUCCAAGCUUUGAAAGCUGCCAUCAAAAAAGAUAAUAAAACUAUUAGUCAAUUGAUCAAACAUAGGCACAAACAAGUCGUCGAUUUCAUAGUAUCCAAAAAGGGGUCGGGUAUCGAAAUUAACUUUUUGGUCGAACCAAGCGAUAAUUGGAAAUACAAUCUUUGUGUACCGACAUUCUUAGCCUUAGACAUACUUUUUCUGAUAAUUUGGAGACUGUUAGACCCCUUAUACAAGUCGCUCAAAGAUUUCCCCAUGAUAGUAAUAGUAAAUCGUGACGAUGAAUUCAAGAUACUGCCUCAGUUAGAAAUUUGUUCCUGCCGUAAACUCGGCAUUUGGUUAUCCAUUUUAUACGGCAUGAAGGGACUGAUAUUGAUAUUCGGACUUUUUUUGAGCUACGAUACGCGUAAAGUGUUUAUCAAACAAAUCAAUGAUUCCAAAUUGGCCGGCGUUGCGAUAUAUAAUAUAGUGAUUUUAUGCGCCAUAACGAUCCCAAUGACUAUACUCAUAGUUAACAAUCACAACGCGAGUUUCGCAUUUGUCGCCAUAAGUUUAUUAGCGUCUACCUUCCUCUCGACAGUUCUCAUAUUUUUCCCGAAGAUUUUUUACAUCUGGAAACGAAAAACGGAUGAAGAAACUCCCGACACUUUGAAAGGUAAUUUGUUGAGCAAAGAUGAAGAAAAUAAGUACCAACAACUUUCCAACGAAAACGACGAAAUUUUGAAACAAAUAUCUGAAAAAGAUGCGCAGAUCCAACGAUUGAGCGAAAUGUUAAAGAAGAAACAAAUGGCCAAAUAAAUGAUAUAUUUUUUAUAAAAAAAAUAUGUAUUAAUCUCGUAUUAUCCCCCCACCCCCAUUAUUUUAUUUUUUUUUAGAAAUCAAGAAAAACUUUUAUUAAUUUUAAUUAUAAAAGUUAAAACAUUUUCGGAUUUGAAAAUUUUUAUGGGAUAUUAUGGAAAACUAAUGCAUGAAAAGUCAAAUUAUACUCCAUAUUUUUUAAAUUUUAUAUUAAAACAUAAAGUGCAAUAUCAUUUUUUUUAAAAAUUCCCUUCAUGAUCUCUUUAAUAUAUAAAAUUAAAUUUAGUUAAAUAUUUUUAUACAUAUUCCAAGAAAAUUUUUAUCCGGUA